AUUCAUGUGACUAUCUAUUAACAAGCCUUGUCCAGCACUCAUUCUCCUCUCUUGAAACAGUGGCUGUGGAGUAACUUGGUGUUUAUCAAGUUACGGUCGUCUCUGAACGAGUUUUCCUCAUUUAUAACACAUCAAUGACCUUGGAAGGAUGGGAUCGAAUAUCGAUAUGCGACUCGCUACCGUAUUAUGACACCGAGUGCGAAAAAAUUCCUUAUCUCACCCAGAAGGUAGACCUGGAACUGGCUAGCGAGUUUACGCGUUUAGAUGGUCUGCACUCAGGUGUUCCCCCUGCUGAUCUCUUCCCACGUAAUGCCACUUUGCUUGCUGAGCUUACUCGCAUUGAAACAUAUAAUGCAAUGCCGCCGCCGCUAGAUUUAGAAGAAACAUUCGCCCAACUGAAUGAACCGUUACGUACCUCACCAACCUCUGCCACGGAUCAGACAUGGCAGGAAGUCAUACUCAGUGCUCGUGUGUACUUGGAACAUCAGCGUAUGCGUCAACUCAAUUUGGCUCUUGUACAGACAUAUGGGUCUAACUCUUGGUUAACGCAAAACUAUCCCCUCCAGCGCAUGGCCGAGCAAGCAGAGAAAGAUCUAAAGAGUAUCAUUUAUCUCACAUCACGGGUCAAUCAAGAGCGGAUACACUUUCAGACUAGGAUUGGGGAGCAGCUCGCUACACUAGAAGCACGAUGGACGGACCUUGUGUCAAAAGUUCUUCAAGUUCAAAUGUCUAAUGUCUCACUCGAAAUUGAAAUCCAGGAGUUGAAGCAGACCGAAUUCCAAAUUAGACAUCGUCAAUGAUUCUAAAUGCAUGGGUAUCAGCUUGGUUGCACUGGCGGAUCAGUUGCGCGUGCAAAAAAUCGGGCGGAAAGAGUAAAAGAGCGGAAAUUGUGAGAAAAGUGAAAAAUGUAUCUGGUAGUAAAAUCACCUCAACCUCGCAACUCGCGAUAUCAUAGCAUGCAAGGUUGCCAUUUGGGGAUAUAUGACAAGCUAAUGAGCUCACACUUGAGAGUCCCAGUGUUGGGCGAGCCGUACCAUCUGCCAUUUAGAGAGCCUUGGGCACCACCAUGGUACUCCCAGGAACCAUGUCGUAUAUGACACUAGAGACGGCACUGAAGGCACUAUAAAUGAGUAAGCACAUAUGUGUCAGUAUGAUAGAGGCCUUGCGUCGAGCAUGUGUGUUGUAACUUGUAUCCUAAUUGCCUGACAAGUAAAACAUGGUUU